CAAGACGAGUUGCAUACCGACAGAGACCGAGGAGAGUAGCCUAAUUACGGGACGAAUUGUCUACUACAGAACGCAUAUAUUGUAUCCAUUAGUUUGCAAUGUUCUGUCGAAUAUUUGGCAGAAAGCAGUUGAGUAUUUACCUUCGUGUUCAGGUGCGCAUUUGAGCACAUUUUCUCUCCAAACCAUUUAAAACAACAUUAAUUCAGUGUCUGGAAUAUUUGCGGAUAUUUUGCACCAGGAUUUUGUAUUAUUUGGUAUUCCCUCUACGUCUACGAAAACAUCAACAACCCCUUCUUUGGUUAAGGGGUGGGGGGGGGGGUCAUCAACGAGAAAAGUCAAGGGGAUAGACUCAUGUUUUUGUUCAGUCACAUGUAAAAGCAGUCGGUUAUUGCUGUUGGACAUAAAUAAAGCACACGAGGUAAAUCGUUUCACAUUUUACCUGCAAAGGCUCCAUAGAAGAGGACUACAACGGCAUUCUACUACGAAAACAACAUCGAAAUAUCUAUCGAAAGACCAAAACAUGAGCUGCCCAGUCUUACGAAACGUGUUCGCUGGUUUGCUCCUCGCACUGCUGUCGAGCGGGCCAAGUGUGCACGGAGCCGAAUUCGGCCCCCUGCCCGACAACAUUACAGUGCUGGAAGGAGAGAGCAUCAUUCUGAGGUGUAAAAUCGACGAGGAGGUGACCCACAAGGCGUGGUUGAACCGCUCAAACAUCCUGUUUGCGGGGACAGACAAGUGGUCGCUGGACAGACGGGUGUCGCUGGUCAACAGUAACACUAGUGACUUCUCCAUCCAGAUAGAGAGGGUGGAGGUGGCUGACGAGGGGCUGUACACCUGCAGCUUCCAGGCCAGCAACAAGCCCCGCAUAGCCCACGUCUUCCUCAUCGUCCAAGUGCCAGCCAGAAUCGUCAACAUCUCCCAGGACGUGUCAGUGAACGAGGGGGGCAACGUAUACCUCUUCUGUCUGGCGGUGGGACGACCUGAACCCACUGUCACCUGGAAGGAGAACAAAUAUGGUCUAAUGAGUGAGGGGGAGUUCCUGGACAUAACAGAGAUCAAGCGGCAUCAGGCGGAGGAGUUUGAGUGCAUCACUAACAACGGAGUGACGCAGCCCGACAUACGCAAGGUCAAGGUCACCGUCAACUACCCUCCCAUGAUCACAGACGUGAAGAACAUGCCAGCCCAGCUGGGAAAGACGGCCAUUUUGCGCUGUGAGGCAAUGGCAGUACCCACAGCCUCCUUUGAGUGGUACAGAGACGACCGCAGGCCGGUAGAGAGCGAUAACACUCUGAGGAUCAAGAACGAGAAGACGCGCUCACUGCUUCUCUUUACCAACGUGACGGACAAACACUUUGGCAACUACACUUGUUUUGCCUCCAACAGGCUGGGAGCCUCCAACGCCAGCAUGCUGCUCUUCCGGCCAGGAGCCGUGUACGGGCGAGGCGUGGCCGUCAACGUGGGGGUGAGUGCGGGUGUUGGCUUUUGGCUUUGCCUCUCUGUCUCUCUCCUGAUGAAGGUCUAAGAGCUUUUCCCGGAAGUCCCAUCCCGCCUGCGGAAGGAAGAAGGAAUUGAUUUAAUUAUGAACCCAUCACUGUGAAACAAAAAGAAUAUGCAUUAUUUACAUUUACAUUUAAGUCAUUUAGCAGACGCUCUUAUCCAGAGCGACUUACAAAAUUAUUCCAGGAGCCAUUGACGCAUCGCAUCUCACACCCACACCAACUCCCCCCUCGCUACCUAUAUUGCCACCAUCACCAUACCACUCUCUCUCUUUAUCCUGUUUCCAAUGAGGGUCACCAUGGUGAUGUCUAUAAUGUGUUUAGUAAGAAUGAUAAUUGUGAUGAUGAUGAAAACAGAUAUUUAACACCAGGAUAAUACUAUUACAAAUCUAAAUCAUGACCGAUCUACAAUAAUGUUCAUGGACGUUUGGAAACUCGGAGUGACAACACUACUAUUUACGGUUGGAACUACUCUAUAAUGAAAAUGAUUCGUUAUUCUGACGAGGGUCACGUGACCUUGUUGAAAGCUGUCCAUUGGCCCAUUGCUCCUGUGACAUUUGACCCUAUGAUCAUACAAGUACCAUUUUAUUCCGUUUUUAACCAUGUGGCUGUGUAUAUGACGCGGCUGCUGCGAAUGAUGUCAAAACACACAUGAAGGGUGGGCCGUGGGGGUUCUAUAAAGCCUUUGCCCUUCUAGUGCAUCCCUUUGGGAUCUCAACCAAGAAGAAGCAUGUGAGAAGACCCACUUCACCCCCCCCUCCAUCCACCCCCCACCCCUCUUUAAAAAACCCUCGUCCUCUGCCCACCCCCUCCCCCCAUCGAUAAGGUGGUUUGUGCUCCGUCCCGUGUGUAAAUAUAAUGCAGUACAGAGGCCAUGCCGUUACUAGAGGCAGUCUAUCCACAUCCAACCCUCCUUGGUUGGUGGCUAAUGUAGUGGCUAAUAAAAUCUCAAAUAUCCCGCAAAAAACUACAUUACCCAUCAGCAUCUAUUACAGUUUUUGUAACCAGGAAGGGACUGUAGAAAUAACAAUCGUGUCUCCUGCUUUGAAGGCGUUGACCAGUCAUCCUCCUUCCUUGUCGCUUGUUGAUAGCAUGUACCGGUUAGAGAUGUUUCUGUCGUGAACCCUCCCUCCCACUCCCCCCCCUCCCCUGUCCGUUUUACUCUGCAAGGUUAAACUGCUAUAACUUUUUUGGUGUUGAUAAUAAUACUGAUGAUGUUAAUAAGUAUUUAAAUAAAUAUGAAAAGUAAUUCCAUGUGAGAUAAAAAAGAAUACAUACUACUCCAGAGCUGACGAGCCGUGUGUGCUAAAAAUAUUUUGUACUCAAUCCCUCGGAGAAAUCACACUCAUUGAACUGAACGACAACGACAAAAGACGACGUUGUAAGGUUUUCAAGUUGUGCUCUUUUUUGCCAUGACAAGGAUUUUAAAAACACAUCGAAGCUGAUCCCGAGGGAGUCUUUUCAUCCGAGAGAGUCAAUAAAAUGUAAUAUUGUUUGUAUAGGUGUAUGUAUUUAAACCUUUGUUUUCAUGCUGUUAACUGUAUAAAGCACAUUACACAUAUUCAGCCAGCUUUCAUAACGUGUCACUCUCCAGACAGACCAGCUCAAUAGAUCAAUUAUUCAAAGCGAUGCAUGUAAAGCAGCGUCCCUGUAAGUCAGUCAGCCCCCGUAUGGCAGGACAGGCGCACCAGGAGAUAAAGAUGUAAUUAGCCACUACCUGUGGCUGGAUAAGUGACGGGGCCUACACUCCCCGCCUCCCCCCAUGUCCUUCCCGCCAGCCAUGGACAAGCCCCAUAAAUCACGUUCAACCCUGGCCCCUGACAGGAUCCUCCUCAAGGACACCCUCGUCCCUGUAAAGCAGACGCAAACCACCACACCUGGGCCCUGAUUGAACCCCCCCCCCCCCCACACAGGGCUCAAUUAUCCAGCCACUUUACCUGCACAGAUCAACCACCGAGACGUGCACUGUGAGGCUCGAUGACACCCCAACCACCCAACCGCUGUUUCUCUGUCACGUCCUGCUGUGUCUAUGUCUAUAUGCAAACUCCCCCAUAGUGAACCAACCUGCAUGGAGAGAUGGGCUCACACUAGCAACUCUCUGACUACCCACAAUUCCUGUGACCUUACAGGAAUAUGCAGCAUCUGUAUUCAGUAUUCUGCGAAUAGCUGUCAUCUUUUUUUUUGUUUGAUUUAAUUUGAACCAGCAACAUACCUGCUAACUCGAAUAUAUAGGAGAGGCAUCCAAUCCGGCUAAGCGGUGCUAUGAUAUUUAAGGGCGCCCCUAACAAUCUAUUCAAGAAUGGAACUGUUUUAGUAAUACUAUUGUAUGAAGUGUGCUAAUGUAUGAUGAGAUGUGAAGCCCUAGCGAGAGUGAAUGUCCCCUUUAGCAGGAGGCUAGUCAAUGAAAACCUGUUUGUCUCACUGAAUACAGUGUGAGACGUGUUCUGUUGAUGCCCGUUGCUCUAUGCAAUGUAGUCAGUCAUUGGUAUGUCUGAAGGGAAACACACAGACCCACUUGUGUUCGUCUUGUUCUGCUCAGACUCACAGGGCAUUGAUGGGUAUCGAUUUUCAAGCACAAGAGCAGGUUGUUUUGGUCGGUGAUUCUGUUUUUCCUUCUUUUGUCGUUUUCGAUCCCCCUCUCUCACUCACGCUGUCUUUCUGUCUGUCUUCUCUCUUUCCCGUACUCUGUCCCGUGUCAGCACCCAGCUCAAUUUUGUCAGUGGAAUUAAACCUCUGCAUGUACAUACUCUGUCCUUGAAGAAAAAAAAAACGAAAUGAAAAUAAGGAAAAACAUACUGUCAUGUUUCUCAAUGUGGGUUUGAAAAAAAAGCAUGUAAAUGUUUGUUUUGGGGAGAUUUUGAAAAACAAAAAGCUGUAUCUUGUGUAAAGGCUUUAGGCUGGGGGAAAGGCUGGGGGAUAAUGCUUUUAAAUUCAUGCAAUGGAGGGCGAAAUGUAUGGUGGGCAUUUGUAAUAACCCCAAAUGAGUUUGAGGGUCUCCAUGAGUUCUUCAUCAAUGUGAAAGUUAAUCAGAGGACUGGAAAUGGGAAAAGGAAGGAUGCAGCGAAUUCACUUCCUCGGUGGGUGUGAGAGGACCUCCACAUACCGUGGGAAGAAGCCCAGACUGGUACAGACAAAGGUCUGAGGCAGAGGGAGAUGGGAUGACUCUGACCAGACAGUGAACUCUCUCCGUGGGGGAGAACGAGAAAAGACAAGGCAGACGCUUGAUAGGAUAGCAGCUCAAGAUAGAAUUCCUAAAAAUGGCCACUGCGUCGUUCCUCCUGAGGGAGGACAUACCACGGCGUUGUCUAUGGUUACACCAUGUACUAUUAAUGGCGUUAGCACUGCGAUGAUCACGAACACUGUCUGUGUACAGGCAGCAUUUCAUGACUCUAUCUGCUAGCCUAUCAAUGAGCGUUUAGACUUUAUUGAUAUGGUGUGGUGUCAAAUAGCUUGACCUGUAAUUAUAGCAUGGAGACAUGCUGUAUGAUUCUAAUGGACGUAAGUGGUGUAAUUACAUGUAGUUCAUCACCCCCAAUAAAUGGGGGCGGUGCUAGUUCUACGGGCGCCACUCGAGCAUUGCUAAGCAGCACUUUUUGGCUUAUGUUGAUGUACAUAAUAUAAACUAUCUUGCUUCAUUUAUAUAUGAGAUUAUUUCAAUGUUUUGAAGACAAUUAUAACCAUAUUUGGGUGGUGUAUUUUUUUAUUUAUGAAUGACAAGUCUAGCGGUAUAUGAAAAUACAGUGGUAGAGUAGCAGUAGAAGCUAGAUAACUGUACAUUCAGUCUCCGUUUGAGUGUACUCGUUUUUUAAGUUGUGUAUCUGUGUUAGAUCUUGAAUCACCAUAAGCACUAUAUUCCAGUCCCGCCACAUUAAACAGUUCCUUUACAGACUUUCAGUUCCAAAUGCAAAUGGUUAAUCGAUACAUUGGACUGGAUCGCUUGAAAUAGAGCAAUUUCUCCCCAGGCUCACUUUACCAGGGCCCAAAGACUGAAUUGUCAAGUGUCUAUAUUACGGCCUUAGCAUAGAGAGCAUAAUUUAUCAUGCCUUGAUACAAGACACCCCUAAUUGCGCAUUGAUUUCUCCCCAUCUCCGAAAACAUUUUGGCCAAGCUAUAUUGUCAACGAAGGUAACUAUUUGUUUAGAGAACAUACAAUGAAGAAUGAGUCGUUCGUUUUAUUUUCCUGUCAGUUGACAGUAGCUCGUCAAGGCGCAUUUUGUUCUUUUUGUUCUUUCUGAUAAUGAGAUGUCUAACAAUUGUCUGUAUAAUGGCACCUUAUAGUACAUUACAUUUUAUUAUUGUACUCAAUUAAAUAAAUGAUUGAUACCAAAUGUUAAUUUUGGAAAUGUCAGUACCUAUCGAUACUGUGUAUCUAGAGACUUAUGUCUGACAAACACAGCCGACUCUUUAGUAGGAGUAGAGUCUAGAACGAUAGGAUGUACAAUAGAACAAGACGAGAUAAAGGGGAAUAGAACCGUAGCCAUGAUAGUAUUUGGUCAAUAUUCAACUAACAUGAUAAAUUAUCAGAAAUAUGUCAGAUUUUCAGUACCGGUACUAUGUAUCUGUAAUACAUAAGAAGAUGUGUCUUAUUGAGGGACAGACUCAUUGACACAUAAAUGAUUUCCUCUCUCCAGCUUUUGUCCUUCACACCAUAGUCCACUAGCUAGAUAACAAUGUGUUAUCCUAAAUGAGCUAUUGUUCACCAGCUAUUCUAAAGGCCUGUUCAAUUCCUAUGAGCAGAGUCGACGUUGCGAGUGUAUUUCAGCUCCAGUAGAUUUCCAUUAGCUGUACUAAUGAGUGCAUCGAUACACAGCAUGCUGGACUGAGGUGAGCUACAUGAUGGAAAUAGGUCGUUAUUGGGUUAACAUGCUGACUACAUGUUGCCAAGCAGAGGAAGUGAUAUUUGCCUUGACUCGCUGAAGGAUCAACUUGGAAGUUGAAUGAGGUAGCUAGGUACUAUAUAGUAAGUUGGUAGUAGUUGAAUUGAUAGAUACACAAGGACAGAAUAUAUAGGAAAAAAAGAUAGAUAGAGUUAUGUAGAGAGGUGGAUAUUUUGUUAGUUUAUCGUUUCUAUUCUGAAUUCUAAUUAGGAUAUAUUAUUAUUCAUGUAAAACAGUGACAGUGUUUGUUUGUGUGGAUAGUGGGUUAAAGUAAUACUUGCGAGCCACAGAGGCAAGAGCAGCAGUCACUCACUCCCACCUCCAUCCACACAAACCGGCAGGGACUACAGAUGGUUGCUUGUCAAUCACCCUCUCCUUUCUAAGAAUGUAGCUAGUGGAUAAUUAACAGUGUACCAGUGUUGGUCCAUCUACAGCUGGAACAACAAGAGGGUCUGCACACUACUAGGCAACAAUGGAGGUGCCCACCAGCCAGCCUCCUUAGUCAUUAGAAGCCUGCCUAACAUCUCCAACACUGAGUGCCCCUUUACUUGGCCUUUGUGAGUCACCAGCACAAAUCUGACAUUUUGCCUGUCAAUCAACUGGGUAAAUAUUGGUUGCCAUGGCGAAAACUGACAAUGGAACUAUAUAUUUUUCUUGUCGAAUAACAUCAUCAAGUGAUGUUCUGGCUUGUGUUCAUAGGAUAAAAUGGGAGAGAACCUGUGCGGUGUGACUAAGUCGCAAACUGUCUGAGACUGUCCUAUUAAUGUGAGAUGUAUAGAUUUGAAUUUAUGACACAAUAUAAGAUUGGGUUGUCAUGACACUGUUGUUUCACCAGAACAAUUUUGAAACUUCUGAAAAACUAUGACAAUCAGGUAAUAACAAUUAACAAAGACAAAUGUCAUUUUUUGUCAGUGCGAGAACUAAUAACAAAUAUUAGGUCGUUUUAGCAAUCCAGUGGAUGAGUCUACUCUCGAAUGUUUGGUUAGUGUUUGCGGACAUCGUAUGGAGAUGUCAUGCCCAUCUCUCUCUCUCGUUGCACCUCUGGCCCACUUCCUCCUCCCUCCUCCUUUCCCUCAAUGUGGAGAAAACCUUCCACCUGUGCCCCCCCCCCUAUGCCAAUCCCACUGCCUGCUGCCUUGCCACCUCUCUGUAUGCCAGGUUCCAACCCUGGUAAAUCUGUGAUAUUGAUUUGUGAGUGUGUGUGUCCGUGUGUGUGUGUGUGUGGAUUAUCUGACCUUCACAUGGCAGGCAUGUUGGUUUCAAUCUACCCCUGGACCUCAACAUUAUUAUUUCUGUCUGUGUUGACUUUUCAAGAUUGCAUCGAUAUAACUUACUGAACAAAACAGAGGAACACAAACAGCAUCGUCUUCCAUCUUGACAUGUUUCUGUGCAGUGAAGCGAUGAUGAUUAUGACGACUCUUUUGAUUCAUUUGAUCUCUCUUCUGUCUCUGUUUUUGUCCUUUCUAAGUGUGUGGACAAUUUUUUCCCCCCCAAAUCUAUAGAAGUGGAGUUAAAAAAAUAAAAUAUAUCAGAGGGAGAAAAAUCAAUAAAAUAUGUUGUUUUUAACAGAA